AUGUUUUCACAGACUCUAAUACUCUUUCUCUCUGCUGUUGCAUUAAAGUGGGCUGAUUCAUUACUCACGCAUCCAGAGUACGUUGCUAAACUACAAGAGGCAAAUAAACUCGAUGAACAUACAGUGGAUGUGAAUAAUAUCAGAGAUGAGUAUUCAUUACAAAUGAAUAAUACAUUAUUUCGAUAUGGAUUGCCAAAAUGUAGUGAAUGUCAUCAGAUUGGAAUUAUUGGUGCAGGUAAUGAGCAGGAUAGAGUGGCAAGUGUGGCUGGUUUGGUGGCCGGCAUUGAACUAGCCAAGUCCGGUCACACAGUGAUGAUUUACGAAGCAAAUAAUCGACCUGGUGGUCGAAUUGAUACAUACCGUGAUCGUGAACAUGGCUAUUUGACGGAACUAGGUGCAAUGCGUUUACCAUUAGAAGUACAUCCAUAUUUAAAUUAUUUAAUUCAAACAAGAUACCAGUUAAAAGUCAAUAAAUUUAAAGAGUAUGAUGAGGAUUCCAUUGUGUAUAUAAAUGGUAUUAAUACAAAUGUAAAGCAGGCAGAGAUGAAUCCAGACAUGUUUGGUUUCAGAACCAAGCUGAAUGAAAAAGGAAAGAAACCUGUUACUCUUUGGAAUGAUGCAGUUCAACCACUAUUAGACAUGGUUAAAAAUGAAAGUUGGGAUGCUGUUCGAGCAAAAUGGGAUUCCUACAGUAUUGAUUAUUAUCUACAUGAAGAGAGAAAUUUGUCACGAGCAGCUAUUGACUACAUUAGCUUAAUGCUUAAUGUGGAAUCAAAUCUAUACACAGCUCUAAUAGAGAGUAUACGCGAUAUGACAAUUAUCAAAGAUGACACAGAAUUUUAUCAUAUUGUUAAUGGCAAUGAUCUUUUGAUUGAGUCCUUAGUCAGAGAGUGUCUAUCAGUGGCAAAUAACCGUUGUUCAAUUAUGUACAAUGCUUCUGUUACAAAAGUACAAUUAAAAACCGAGAAGAAGUCUAAUGUUCAAAUAACAUGGAAAAAUGGAUCCAAUGACACUCAAAGUAAAAAAUAUGAUUCUGUUAUAGUUGCAACAACGGCCACAGCGGCUAGUUUAAUCGAAUUUACUACGCGCUUUAAAUUUGCUGAUAAAUAUCGGGCCAUGAGACAGUUGCACUAUGAUUGUGCAAGUAAAGUAGCACUGUUUUUUAAUCGGCAAUGGUGGAAUCUUGAUGAAAAUAUUCAAGGUGGUCGUUCAACGGUUGAUUUACCUGUACGCUUUGUCUACUACCAUAAUUUUAAUACAACAUCGUCAGAAUCAGACGGUGCAGCCAUAUUAGCUUCGUAUACGUGGUCUCAAGAUGCAUUAUUGUGGACAUCUUUAAGCGAACAACAGUCCAUCGACCUGGCAUUGGAAAAUCUGAAUGAAAUUCAUGCAAAAACCGACGUAUUUAAAACUUUUAUCGGUGGUAAAGUUAAACAUUGGUGUACUGAUCCCUAUUCUCAUGGUGCCUUUGCUUUGUUUACACCAUUUCAAGAGCGUGAUAUUAUGUCUGAGUUGAUCAAAUCAGUCGACAAUGUUCACUUCAUCGGUGAACAUACAUCGAGUGCACAUGCCUGGAUUGAAGGAGCAAUUUUAUCGGCGCUUCGUUCAGCACUGAUAAUUCAAGAAGAAAUAUUCGAUGUUGUCAUUAUAGGUGGUGGUCCCAUCGGGCUAGCUACAGCCAUACGACUGGCCGACAGACAACCAACUUUACGUAUAGCGAUUGUUGAACAAUUUAAAAUUGGUAAUUCGGAUGGUAGUUCUGGUAGCUCCGACGUACGACAAUUUCGACAAAUGUAUAGUGAACAGUAUUUAGCCGAGCUGGCGAACAAGUCUGUACUAAUGUGGCAUCAAUUAGAACAUAAGGCAAAUUUAUCAUCAGGUUCAAUAUUAAACACUGAUGAUGGUUAUCUAUUCUAUGGUAAUUCUCAAAUGGUCGACACAACGGAAGGUGGUCUAAAUAAUAUAAAAGAUAAUUGCGAAAAAUUAAAAAUGAAUUGUAAAUAUAUGGAUGGAACAGAAUUACAAGAACGUUUUCCAUUCUUUUCAUUUUCAUCUGCCUACACUGGUAUUUAUCAUUCUCAAUCCGGCUAUAUUAAUGUCACACAAUUGAUGUUAACAUUAGUACAACUAAUAUCUGUUAAUAAAAAUAUUACUAUUCGCGAGGAUGAACAAUUUCUAUAUUUCAAUUAUACAGACACAACGACGAAAGAUAUCCGUAUCAUCACCAAUCGGGGUUCGCUAUUAGCGAAACAAAAAGUUUUAUUUGUGCCAGGACCCUAUGCAAAAUCUGUUUCAAAUAAGCUUGGAUUCGAUUUAAAUAUGUCUAUGUGGGAGUUACCUUCAAUGUAUUUUCGUUUGAGAUCUGCUACCAGCAAAAAUUUCUCAUUACCAACAUGGUUUGCAUUUGCUGGAAAUGAUAAGCAAUCGUUGUACUAUGGCUUCCCAGUUGAAUCAAGUGAUCGACCGGGCUACAUUAAAAUAUCACCGGAUUUUAUUAAAGAUUUAUCCAACCCUUUAAUCAAUCCAGAAGACCGUAGUCAUUUACCCGAUCCAUAUUUGAUAGAAAAAACAAUCGACUGGGUAACAAAAAAUGUACCACAAGUGAAUUCUUCUGAUUACAUUAUUUCGCCUCAUACGUGUCUAGCCACCUUUGUGCCGGAUAAUGGUUUUGUUCUCGAUUAUGUUCCUGAUCAUCCAAAACUAAUUAUGUAUGCUGCUGGAUGGGGAAUGAAAUUUGUUCCAGUAUGGGCUGAUAUACUAUCACAUAUGAUCCUAGAUACAGCUUCAACGUCAGUUUAUGCGGACUACAUGCUAAAAUUUUCUUUAUUAGUACCAGGUCGAAUCAUACCACCGAAAGGUCACUCAAAUGGACAGCAGAAAGAAGGCAAUAUGUUUCUGUUAUUGAUCUUACUGGCAAUAAUAUUACUGUUCUAA